AGCGGAGCUCCUCGAGUCAACUAUUUCUCUUCCUUUCCCCCGUCUUUCUAUAGCAGUUGGUAUCGCCCUUCUAGGGGCUAGAACGCGGCUGUGAGGAGAGCUGGGCGGUUCCAUUUGUGUCCAGAGGGGUGAAGGCAAACGGGAGGCGAUGGAGCCGCGGCUUCCCCUCACGGGAAGCGGCUCUCUUCCUCCUCCGCCCGCCCGGUGUCGGCUUGGCGGGGGAGCCCGGUGCUAGGCUAUGCCGCUGCACGAUGGAGGGCGACGGGGUCGCUGUGAGGAGGGCGCGGGAGCGGCGGCAGAAAAGGCAGCGGCCGGGAGCCGAGCCCGGUGACGGCAAGGGGAGCUGCGGUCGGACUUCCUCCCGCUCCCCGCCGGCUCCCAAGAAGCUGAGCACCGGGGAACCGGAGGGAGAACCGGAGGAUGAGUAUGUUGACAGUGAAGUUGAAUUGUUUGGGGACUAUGACAGCUUUUCUGGCAACAACUCUUUGUUAGCUGAAGUACAUGAUCUAGAGGAAAGAUGCAUGAAGUCCACUGAUGGUGUCCUGGAUAUUAAAAACCUAGAUUGCAAUACUGCUGUGGAGCCUGUAUGUGGAGAUGUUCAGCUACAAAAUGCUAAGAAUAUAGAACAGAUAUUGCCAAUUCCAGAAUCAACUACCAACUCCAGAAGCAGAAGAAAAUUCGAUUUUUUAAGCACUAUGAAAGAGCAGAAGGAUAGCAGUCUAGAUCCUCAUGGUGAUAGUCUAGAAAACCUGCCAUCAUCACAGCUUUUAUUUCUUAAACAAUCAGAGGAAUGCUUGAUUCAUCCUCACAAAGUGGCAGAAGUAAAAGAGCGAGCCUAUCACUGGAAUCAAAGCCCUGAUAAGAUCUCAGACGUACCUCAUUGUCAUGAUACAGAAAAUGUUAAAAAAGAUAGUGAACCAUCUGCAAGUUCUUUGUCUGAACCAAGGAGGAGGAGUCUCAAAGAUCAUCUCAAAAGUGCAAUGACUGAAAAUGCUAGAGCUCCUGCUUCACUGGUGUCUAAAAGCAAACAACUCAAAGAGGCUGUUGUAUCUGAAGAGAUUGGGGUUGCUGAGAGAACUCACAGUGCUUCCUUUGUUGACAUUGGUCCCUUUUAUGGAUUGCCAACCAAGGUCAAGGAGCUGCUAACAGAGUUCAGAGGAAUUGACAAACUUUAUGACUGGCAGCAUGCUUGUUUAACAUUAGAAUCCCUGCAGCAGAGAAAGAAUUUAAUAUACUCCUUGCCAACCAGCGGUGGAAAAACACUUGUAGCGGAAAUUUUAAUUCUUCAACAAUUACUCUGCAAACAAAUGGAUGUUUUAAUGAUCCUACCAUACGUGGCUAUAGUCCAGGAGAAGGUUGCUGGUUUGUCGGGUUUUGGAAUGGAACUAGGUUUUCUGGUUGAAGAAUAUGCAGGAAGUAGAGGAAGGAUUCCUCCAAUCAAAAGAAGGCUUAAGAAAUCUCUGUAUAUUGCCACUAUUGAAAGAGGGCACACCCUAGUGAAUUCCUUGAUUGAAACUGGGCGAAUUGGUGACCUGGGUCUAGUUGUGGUUGAUGAGUUGCACAUGCUUGGAGAAGGAAGUCGUGGGGCUGUUCUAGAAAUGACUCUUGCAAAGAUUAUUUAUAAAAGCAAAACCACUCAGAUCAUUGGAAUGAGUGCAACUUUAAAUAACGUUGGAGAUCUGCAGCAAUUCCUGAAAGCGGAAUAUUACACCAGUAAUUUCAGACCAGUAGAACUGAAAGAAUAUGUAAAAAUACGAGACACUAUCUAUGAAGUUGACAACAAAGAGGAAAAUGGCUUUAGAUUUUCACGUCUUCUUAAUUUCAAGUAUUCUACUGAUCUGCAGAAGACUGACCCUGAUCACCUUAUUGCACUGGUGACGGAAGUUAUUCCACAGUACUCCUGCCUUGUCUUCUGUCCCACUAAAAAGAACUGUGAAAAUGUAGCAGAAAUGAUUUGCAAGCACUUGAACAGAGACUAUAAAAAGUUGAAGGAGAAAGAAAAACGCAAUCUUCUUACAGAUUUGAGAAACAUCUGCAGUGGAAGACUUUGCCCAGUACUGAAGCAAACAAUUCCGUAUGGAAUCUCCUAUCACCAUAGUGGCCUUACCAGUGAAGAAAGGAAGCGAAUAGAAGAGGCUUACUCUUCAGGAAUCCUCUGUCUCCUUACCUGCACCUCCACCCUUGCUGCUGGGGUUAACUUGCCAGCUCGAAGGGUCAUUUUAAGAGCUCCAUAUGUUGCAACAGAAUUCAUGAAGAAAAACCAGUAUAAACAGAUGAUAGGCAGAGCUGGCCGUGCCGGUAUUGACAAAGCUGGUGAAAGCAUUCUUAUCGUGCAAGAGAAAGACAGGAAUCUGGUUCAAAAGUUAGUAUACAGCCCUCUGGAAAGCUGUUACAGCAAUCUCCUGCUUGAAUUCAACAAGGGUAUCCGGAGUUUAAUCUUAUCAUUGGUUGGAUUAAAGAUAGCAAACAGUCCUGAAGAGGUUUUCCAGUUCAUGCAUGUAACCUUGUUUAGUGUCCAGCCACAGCUUCUGCCUGAAGGAAAGAGCCUACAGGAUGUAACUACAGAAGUAUUGCAAUGGCUGAAACAAAAUGGACUCCUAAAAGAUAGUACAAGCUGUGAUGGUGAACAAAUUCUAGUGAUCACAAAGCUGGGUCAAGCCACUUACAAAGGUUCUAUCGAUUUGGCGUACUGUGACACGCUCUAUGCAGACUUGAAGAAAGGCCUUGAGGGACUAAUCCUUGAAAGUUGCCUACAUUUAAUCUACCUGACAACACCGUACAGUAUGGUUUUGCAGUGUAGCCCAAACUGGAUGAUCUACUUUAGACAGUACAGUCAGCUAAGUCCAGCAGAACAACAAGUAGCAGUCCUUGUUGGUGUGCCGGAGAGCUUUAUUACCAAAAAGGCUUCUGGACAAGCUGUCAGAAUGGAUGUGGACAUUGGCACAGCCAGUAGACUCUACUUGUCCUUGGUACUUCAUGCUUUGUUAAAAGUGAACAACGUAUGGGAGGUGGCAGAGAAAUUCAACAUAUCACGAGGAUUCAUUCAAACCCUUCUUAAUUCAGCUGCUUCGUUCUCCUCCUCAGUUCUACAUUUCUGUGAGGAGCUGAAUGAAUUUUGGGUUUAUAAAGCUCUCCUGACAGAACUUACCAAGAGACUAAUGUACUGUGUUAAGGCAGAGCUUAUCCCUCUUAUGGAGGUGGCAGGAGUUUUAGAGCCUCGAGCCAAGCAACUCUACAACUCAGGGUAUAAAACCUUAGCACACUUGGCUAAUGCAAAUCCAGACGUGCUGGUGAAGACUAUUGAGCACUUGUCCAGAAGCCAAGCUAGGCAAAUAGUUUCAUCUGCAAAGAUGCUCCUGACUGAAAAGGCCGAGGCAUUACAAGAAGAAGUGGAAGAGUUACUGAGAAUACCAGCAGACAUUACUUGAGGUUUUUUAAUCACUCUAGCAUGUGAAUCAAGAAUCAAACAAUUAUUUUUCUACCCUAUUUAUUUGUAGUUUGCUAUACAUGUACAUGAGCUUAUUUCACUAUUAAUAAAAGCUCCAAAAAAUUCUC